GACUUAUACGAGAACUUGUGUGUUGGACCAGCAACACGGACGAACCGUGGCAACGUGCUUAAUAUUUUGUCACAUAGAAAUGGAUCUAUUCAAGAUUAUAUUUACUAUUUUGCCGUGGAUGUGCGAAACAAGAAUGAUAUGGACACCAAGACAGGGUAGACUCAGUUCAGCUAUUUCCGUACCUAGUUAUUACUACACAAAUAUUGAUGGAUAUCCUGGUACAUAUUCCUUCGGCUAUGAUACAUAUGAUGCUGCGACGGGCAACAUGCAGUUCCGUACAGAAGAAAGGUACCCCAAUGGUACAGUGGUCGGCAGUUACGGAUACGUGGAUCCCCGAGGAAGAACCCAACGUUACACUUACAUAGCUGAUGAGAAAGGAUACAGAUUAAUAAGCAAUUCACCCAAGUCAACCACAAGACCACCUGCUAAGAUUAAUGACAUUCCUACGGAACCUUCUAUAACCUGGACGAGGCCUAAGAAAAAUAAAAAUAAAAUGGGGGGCAGUUAUUUAGUUAAAUUACCUAUAAAAACAAAAUGACUGUAACUUGC